AUGGAGAAAGACCGCCUGCAGAAUAGGUCGACACCUCAUGUGGUCGCUAUGAAGCAUAGCACAAGUAGCUUGUUUCAUGAUAGUAAGCGGGCAAUCCCUGGACCUCCCAGAUCGAUUGCUCCCGUUGAUCUACAGGCAUUGAAGCGGAUUGCAAGCAAUGCAAGCUCUGCUAUUCCACCACCCUUGGACUCCUAUGUACCUAAGGCAGAACAAGUGAAGGGCCUGGCUCAUAUGUGCCCGAAGUUGUUCGAAUUGGGCAAUCGCUCUGUAGUUCCACUAUCUAAGGUGAAGGCUAUCCCGGCCUACAAGGGCACCCCAUAUGACCAGCGAGCAGAUGAUAUUUCUAUCUUAGUAGCAAUUGCUCAUGAGAAUCUAAGCUAUUAUCGAAAAAUCAAUCUCCUGGUAUUAAUUCUAAACAUGGUCUCUAACGUGUCUCAGUAUCUGCACCAAUGGAUUGCUAACGAUUACGCUCACUAUAUUGAAAAGAAGAAGGCUGGAGACACUUGCAUUAAGAGUAUCUAUGAUCCAGCCAAGCAACCAGCAGCUGACCUCAUUCGCGACCCGGAGUACUUGCCGGACAUGUCAAGGUUUUGCAGUGAACAUAGAAAAUACAAACCAGAACUGUACAAUAGCACGAUCUCUAUUCUGUCCGACUGCUUCUCUGACGCUGCAUCUGAGCCUCCAUCAAUACUAGAAUCGAUGGUCAACACGCCCAUAGGUUCUUCUGCCACGUCGAUCCCCUCUGAAAACUCGUCAAUCUCCUCGUUAUCAGAUCUGUCCACAGCCAGCGUCAGUGCCGAAUUGCAGCGACGAAAAGUCAUGAGAGAGUCUGUUUCUAUGACAACAAGCAGCCUAUCCGAGGGGUACAAGCAGAUGGAACUAAAAACACUAAAGCAGAUACUACAGACUACUUUCAGUUGUCAACGAAUAAUCCCAUUAGUUGAUAUAGAGAAGCAGCUGAAGCGAAAGCAUCCCAAGGUAAACGCUCUUAAGCUACUCAGAGACCUAGCAGACACCACCACCUGCAUUACAGUUUCCCAGGGAGAUGUAUCUAUUGAUUGGGCUAAAGCAAACUUCUGA